AUGUCUACCAACGAAGAUUCCCUUGUUUCACUGAAAUUCACACACCAUGGAACUGCAUACAUACAAUAUUUCACCCCGAAUUCUACCAUAUCGGAUUUUUCCUCCAAGAUCGCAGACGUUCUGCGAAUACCAACCUCAAAUCAAAAAUUAAUGAUUUCCAAAAUUGGCUUUCUCGUCCCGCCUUUUAAGGACCCACAGCUUUUGCUAUCCUCGAUACAAGGAAACAAGAUAACCGUUAUGGGUAGUACUGAUAAUGAGGUAUCAAAAAUUGUGACAGUUGCCGGAGAAGCGGCUAGAGAUGAAUACCACCAGAAUAAACCUCUACAAAAAGUUAAGGCGUACAAGACACGCAAUUGGACCAAGGAGCAGGAUGAGAACAGGUAUACCUUCUUAAAUCUCAAACCCCUACCAUACUUAAAUAACCCUUCGCGAUCGCUUCAGCUUCUACAGAGGUUGAAGGAUGACGCCGGUAUCAAAGCUGUAAUGUGUAAGCAUAAAUUCACUGUACCAAUGUUGACUGAAAUGAACCCUAUCGAACACACUGAAUCCAGUCAAGAUGGAAUUUCUAGGACAUUGGGUCUUAAUCGAAACAAAGGAGAAGUGAUUGAGUUACGUCUAAGGACUGAUGCAUACGAUGGUUAUCGAGACUAUAAAACAAUCCGCAAAGCUCUCUGUCAUGAGCUGACACACAAUGUGUAUGGUCCACAUAAUCGUGAUUUCUGGGAUCUUUGUGGUCAGAUCGAAAAAGAAGUUGAUGCAGCUGAUUGGAGGACCAGUGGUAGAACUGUCGGAAAUAUAAAGGCACCCGAACAUAGAUAUGGGCCAGCUAGUUCUGGCUACAGUGUAGAAGGUCACAAACUUGGAGAUUUUACCCCAAAUAUUGAGCAUUCAACAAGUCAACUACUUGACAGACGAGAAAUCUUUGCAAAGGCUGCAGAAGAUCGCUUAAAAAGAUCGCAAAAACAAAAUGAUGAAGAAAAAUAA